AUGUCAGAUCCUUAUUCUUUGCAUGGAGGUACAGUCGUUGCGAUGCGUGGAAAGGACUGUUUUUGCAUUGCCACGGACUUGAGAUUGGGCAAUCAAAUGAAUACUAUUGCAACAAACGUUCAGAAGGCCCAUCUUAUUGGGGAAAAGCUUUUUGUUGGUCUAACUGGUUUUAAUUGUGACACUGUUACGUUUGUGGAUAAGAUUAAGCAAGCUAAGACGUUGUAUGAACUUGAAGAGGAUCGUCCAAUGAAGCCUAAGGUUUUGAUUAAUUCAUUUAGAAUAUAA